AUGCAACAGGAAACACGGUCCUCAGUCGCAUCAACCCUGUCAUCUGUCGUUAUUGACAGCGUCGAUAGCAUCAGCGCGAUGGGUGCCUUUGAUCGACCUUGUUGUAUCGAUAUCGAUAUGGACAUCAUCUUUCAAAUUAUAGAUCCCACAAAAAUCGCAAAAUCUUGCUAUCCAUUGCCCCCGCCUUUCGUCGACAUCGAUGGCGUUGCCAAUAUCCGCACAAUAGGUGAUUUUCGCCGGUCUCCUUCCGUCAAGGUCAAUAAACACCUCGUCUAUCGGUCUGCCAAUCCCAAGGGUAUCACAGAGGAAGGAAAAAUACAGUUUAUGGAACGUGGUAUCAAAACUGUCGUUGAUGUGCGCUUAGAGCAUGGUUGCGACGUUAUCCCCGGCUUGCCGGGUGUCCAAUGGUUAUCGGUUCCUUCAGAAGUCCAACAGGCUGAAAGCACCCCGCAGGUAACUGAGAUGCUCGAGAACUUCCAAACAACUCCAUUGGAGGCAUUCACGACGACGUACACCAUGAUACUGGAAAGAUCAGGAAAAGCCUUCGAGCUUUUCUUCACUCAUCUCAGAGACAAGCCCAAUGUACCUGUUCUAGUUCAUUGCUCUGUUGGGAAAGAUAGGACGGGGAUAGCGAUAGCUCUGCUUCUAAAGAUCCUCGGGGUUGACGAUUAUGAUAUCAUUUAUGAUUAUGCUCUGUCGAGCCUUGGGCCUAGGUUCUCCCAUGCCGAGCUUCAUAAGCAUUGCAAAUCUGCGACAAUGAAAGCGACGCUAGCGAUAAUACGGGAAAAGUUUGGUGGGGCAGAAAAUUAUUUGAUAACACAUACAGAUUUACAAAGCGCAGAUAUAGAGAAAAUCCGCGAGAACUUGCUGUUGGAUCGAGUAGAACAGAAGCCAGUGGAAUGA